AGUGCAUACUGGUAAAUGUAGUCACCGACAGCGUCAAAAAUGGUGGACUUCCAGCCUCCGCCUUUCAGAACAUUAGACGAUUAUCUUCUGGGUUCGGCCAGAUUCGCCGUGCCUGAUGUUCGGAACUUAGACCGGUGGAAUAACCGGAUAAUAAACAACUUGCUGUAUUUCCAGUCAAACUAUUUUGCAUCCGCCGUGUCAUUGCUGCUCAUAGUCGGGUAUUUCCAGCCAUUCCAGCUGAUUCUUGGGGCAACAGUUGUGAUUCUUCUGUUCUUGGGGUUUGUCUGGGCUGCUGAAAAUAAGGCUGUAGUUCGGCGGUUCCGGAGGAAUCAUCCAUCCCUCUGUCUAGCUGCAAUCUUGGGCUCCAGUUACCUCCUUCUGUCCGUUUUAGGAGGAGUAGCUGCUUUCCUCUUUGGCAUUACCUUCCCCAUUUUAAUGAUCCUUAUCCAUGCCUCAGUAAGACUCCGAAGCCUUAAGAAUAAACUGGAAAACAAGCUGGAGAGUAUAGGAUUGAAGAGGACGCCCAUGGGCCUGCUACUGGAAGCGCUGGGACAGGAACAAGAGGCUGGAUCAUAGCUGUACUAACAACUGCUUAGCUGUAUUAACACCCACUCCUGCUUCUUCAUGCUCUUCUUAUAUAUCUUCAAAAAUAGAUAUAAAAAAUAUAUUUGCCAGGUCUCUCAGAUGUGAAGAAGAAUCUAGUGGACUGGCGAAUAAGCAAAUUCACUAGGUGAAUUUGGAAUGUGGUUUAAGAAGGGAAAAAAAUGACUAGUAGUUGAUUAUAGUUAUUUUUUGGACUACAUCCAAUUAUACUGUAUAUUAGAUGUCCUGAUCUAAAAAUAGCAAAAUAAUGCCUUUUGAAUAUGGUGUGGGUGGAGUUUUUGAAUUAAUAUUUAUUUUUUGAGUAACACCAGUUACUGUGUCAUUCCAUAGAUGUGCCAUUUAAGUCUGCAUUGAACUUUUUCUGUACUUAAUCAUUUAUAAAGUUGUGUGGGGACCACUUGAGUUGGUGAAGAAUAUGCAAAGAGAAGGGUGCAACAAGUUUAAGAGAAAGAAGUUUUUUUUUUUUUUUUGCCAGUGCAUUAAAUGACCAAAUUUAAUUAUAUUUUUACAUUUAGUUUUGUUUUCAGCAAAAUUGUGCCAUCUUGUGCAUUAGUGGUUGCUCUCAUACAAAGGUGCCAAGGUCCAUUUGUCUUCAUCAAUUGCAUUUCACCCAAAAAACUGCCAUUGUUAGACUGAUGUCUUAUGUCCUCAUUAGGAUAGGAAACAGGCAAAUUAGGAACAGGAAUGAAUAUAUGAUGAUUGAAGAAACACUAUGGAUGUUUAAUUUUUAUUUAUUUGCUUUUUUCCUCUUAAGCAUGUUUAAACCUUUGACAGCGUUUAAGUGUUUAAGGACACUUCAGAUACUUUUUAUUCCUAUCUAACUUUAAAGACAAUGAGAACACAAAAAUUAUGCAUUAUAUUGUUCAUGUAAAUACAUUUUUGCUUUUAUUUCAUUGUUUACAACAUCAGCUGCCUUGUAUAUCUCAUUCAUUGCUUAUAA